AUGCACCCAUCUGCUGAUUUCGAUACAGGAUCACUGAAAUCGUAUACGGUUUCGAAUUCUCGCACAAAUCUAGAUGUUCGAAAAUCUAACUGGACAUCAUUAUGGUUUGCAAAUCUUAUUCAAUAUUUUUGUGGACUUCAAGGAUCUUUAUAUUUUACAUCGAUGUGGCCAUAUCUUUUAAAACUGGACCCAUCGGCUCAACUUCCAUUUUUUGGUAUUAUUCUCGCUAGUUUUAGUAUUGGACAAGCGGUUGGAUCUCCGAUCUUUGGAACAUGGACCCAGAAAACGGAAGCUUUCAAAGUUCCAGUUGCAACCGGUCUUGUAUUUUGUGCGCUAGGUAACAUUCUUUAUGGAAUUCUUCCAACAAUUAAUUGGGAAUCUCAAUGGUUAAUGUUGAUUUCUCGAGUUUUGAUUGGAUUUGGAGCUGGAAAUCUGUCUGCUCUCCGAGCUUACGUAUCUGCAUGUUCCACUUUGGAAGACAGAAAUACAGCAGUUUCGCUUGCUACUGGAAGUCAGGUCACUGGAAUGCUCACUGGGCCAAUUUUACAGACUGCCUUUGCGUUCAUUGGAGAUGGAGUUCGUGUGUUCAACACAUUCGAUCUUGACGCCUACACUUCUCCAGCUUUCACUCUUGCCAUCGUCCUUACUAUCAUGUCUGUUAUGAUAUUUUUCUAUUUUUCCGAAGAUUACGCUGGAGUUAUCGAUGAGAAGAAAGAAGAUUCAGAUGUGAUCAUUCCUCCGUUCAACCGCCAGGCUGCUGUUGUAUGCAUCUUUUUAUGGUUUGUAAUCCAAACCAUCGCUGUGAACAUCGAAUCUCUUUGCUCUGUAUUCACAAUCGCAAUGUACAACUGGACGUCACAUCAAGCUAUUGUUUAUGGAGGAUAUAUUGAGACUUGUUCUUGUGCAAUUUCAGUUUCUCAGUAUUUGGUGAUCGGAUUUACAAGAAUUGGAAAGAUUGACAAAAGAAUACAAAUUGUUUUUGGAUGUGUCGUCUUCUUUACCGAUGGAGCUUGUACCUACGACUGGUGUCAAUAUGUUCCAAAAAUCCCAUUUGUUGCUUACAUUCUCGUCUACACUCUGUGCUUUGGAAUUGCUUUCCCAUAUAUCGGAAACUCGAUCGGAACACUAUUCUCAGAAGUUUUAGGGCCAAGGCAGCAGGGAACGAUGCAAGGAAUUUUUGCUCUUUUUGGAAGUGUUGGAAGAUGUUUAGCUCCUUUGGUGACGACAUUCUUCUUCAACUCCUCUGGAUACACCUGGAUUAGUGUUGAAAUGCUGACAUUCCUAAUAAUCGGAGCUCUUUCUACGAUUAUUUCCUGGAAAGUUAUGAUUCCACUGCAGCUGAUUCAAACGAAAAACAGUUCUGGAUCUGUUAGUAGUAGUAAUAAUAAUAAUAAUAAUAAUAAUAAUAAUAAUAAUAAUAAUAAUAACGACAAAGUGUGA